AUGCUCUGCUCCUAUGAGGCCAUCAGUGUGCGUGUUUUUCUCAAGAACGACGGGUCCCAGCGCGCGCGUAGCCGAAAAACUCACGAGACAGAUCCCCCUACGAUGGCGCAGACGGACCGCGAGUCACUGACAGCCUUCUACAACGCGACCGAUGGGGCUAAAUGGAUACGCAACACCAACUGGGGCUCGGGCGCCCCACUCUCGGACUGGUACGGGGUCGAAGCUAACGACCAGGGCCGGGUGGUGAAGCUGUAUCUUUCCUCGAACAACCUCCGAGGCCCCAUUCCGCUGGAACUGGGAAACCUUUCAGCGCUACAGCUCCUCUUCCUUCAGGGCAACCAGCUCAGCGGCGCGAUCCCGAAGGUGCUGGGUGACCUCAAGGCCCUCACGCACCUCGAUCUGUCCAAAAACGAGCUCAUCGAUGCUCCGAGCCGACUGUUAACCGGAGCAGCUCUGGCGCGUUGGCAGGAGAAAGUCAGAGGUGCUGGACGAGUGGAGCCGCUGGCGGUGUCCGUGGUGGAUUUCUUGGUCGCUCUGUGGCAUUUCCUUAUCCCGAUAUUCGACGAUGUCACAGAUGUCAUUCUCUUGAUUGGGACUUUCGAGGAUCGCGGGGGGCUUUGGUGGGCGUGCUGUGGUGCGUUCGUGCUAGCAGAUGUUGAGCGGGUGCUUAUCCUCCUCGUCACGUUGUUGCUUGUUCUGCUGUGGGUUCCCUUUGCACUGCUUGGCACCGAUGAAUCAAGAGGCGAGCGUUUCGAGGUGGCGUUGAAAUGCUUGAACGGCUGUCACGACUUGAAGCUGGAAACUGUUUGGGGUGGCAGUAGGUUCGUAGUCCCAAGGUCUGCCCUGCGAUGGCCAAUCUUGGAUGGUUUUAUGUGGGUUGUUGUGGGAUCGCGCUCGAAGUCUAGUUCGUUGAUGAGGUUGUGUGGGAUGGCAGGUUACACGCCGGUGGACAGAUUGGAGCAGUCUGGGUUUGGUCUUUCGUUGAUCGAUAGAAUCGUCGACCACCAUCCCUACAGUUUGCUCGGCCGCGCUCUGUUUUCCUAUCCUCAUGGACACCACCUCCCUGGUUCCGACGAGGCCACUCGUAGAUCAUGGGUUAUGGUGCGGGCAGUGGGAGAGACGUUGGUGGUAGACUCUCUGUUUUUGGCUCUUUCCCUAUCUUCAGAGACUUGGGAGGAUGGCGUGUCGAUUGGGAUAUUUUCGCUGAUAUUCUCGGUGUUGGAAUUGCUCACGGAACUCCAGUAUUACGUGUCGGAGGCCAGAGCGGACAUGGUGACGGGCGGGGAGGAACCAACGAGCACUUCGAUCGAGGAAGCAAUUCAGCACGCACCAGCCGUAUAGCGUAGACUUGUAUGUGUCGUGCUCAAGUGUAGUCAAGAGCAGGGUGUUCGGGCGGCAGCAUGAGAAAUCGUGUAUCUGGGCAGCAGAAGUCAAACUGUCAGGAAGAAUAGGAUUCAUGAUGGUCAACUUUCAGACUAUUUUUUUUUCAGAG